AUGGAGUACCCGCCGUAUUAUCACGACAACGACGUGGGCCCCUUCUCAAGCGUCACUUACUCGCUAACCCCUGAUGGCCCUGGCCUGCAUGAGCUUGAUUUGAAGUUGCGUGAUCGCGACGUGGUCCUCAUGAUCGAGGGUGACGAUGAGGAUAAAACCGUGCGCAUAUUACACCUGUACAAUGUGCGCGAGGACACGCUCGCCGAGGCCAAAACAGCCGUCGAUGGCCUCCUGGGCCAGGUGAAGCCGCUGGGCGGCGGCGACAACACUGGACAUACCGUGUUUAGGAUGUUCGACAAGGUCUUCUACGAAAUAAAUAGUCCAGUCGCCUGCCUUCUGGAAGAUGCCGACGAUUUGGAGUCGAAAUUGGAAGCAAUCGACGAAGACGAUUCGGUUCAUCCCAAGAGAGCAGCAGACACGACCUCUGAGCUCUUCAACCCAGUCGCCGAGCUCCAAGCGGCCUGUAGGGACUUCAUUGACCGAGUGAAACCAAUAUAUUCCAAGGUGGAAAUGUAUAGCGAGGAAAGCUGCCCCAAUAGAAGGGCUACGAUCCUAAUCAGGGUAGCUGAAUCAGUUCACAUAGAUCUUCUUAUCUAUGCUCAUGAACAGAGCGCGAAAGGUGGUCUAGUCUUUGCUUGGGAUAGAGGCGAGUACCCCGAGCAAAGGACGCUCAUGAGACAGCCGAGAUACUAUAUGCAUUUCGAGGGCCAGCAUUUCGAUCACAUACUCCAAGAUUAUCCCGCGAACCCGAAUAAUCCCCGCGGGGAAUAG